AGUUUGAGUUCUGAGUUCUACGCUUGAUCCUAUUUCUAUUCUUAGCCUUCAAUCUUAAUGCUUUUGGGUACCUUCUAGACACUUCCAUUCUAGUUCGUGUUGCUCACUGCUGAUGCUUCCAAUUUCCAUCGAAUUUUUCUCAGUCUUUUAGCAUCUAGGGUUUACCGUAUCCUCUCCAUUUCGAUUUGAACCGUCUUCCCUCUCUCGGGGUAGCUCCAAUUUAGGGUCAAUAUUCAUGCCUCUAUACCGUGCAUGGAGAAUUCUUCCGAGGCGCUCGGUUCCAAAGGCUUGAUCAAUAGGCAUGAAUUCGUGAGGAUCAUAAUCCAGUGCCUGUAUUCAUUAGGGUACAGCAACUCCGCCUCGUGUUUGGAAUCGGAGUCUGGUGUCUCGUACUGGUCCAACGAGUUUCAGUUACUUGAAUCGCUUAUACUCAACGGGAACUUGGGCGAUUGCAUCGAUUAUCUCAAUUCCAUAAAGGAUGUGUUGGGUGAAACCGCGGAAUCCGCACUGUUUCUUGUCUUCAGGCAGUGUGUGAUGGAGUAUCUGAAUUGCGGUGAGGACGCGUUGGCCUUGGGGGUGUUGAGGAAGCAGGUUUCGGCCUUGGAUGUGGACAAGUACAAAGUUCACGGUUUGGCUACGUGCUUGCUUUCGUUGAAGGAUAGGGAGUUGGGUGCGGUUGUUGGCAGUGGUGGUGAUGUUGUUGUGCAUGAUUUGAGGAGAAAAUUGUUGGGGGAUUUGGAGAAGUUGUUCCCUCCUCCAAUUGUCGUGCCUGAAGCAAGGCUGGAGCACUUGGUGGAAAGUACUGUUACUGCCUGGGUGGAUGCGUGUAUGUAUCAUAGUUCAUCGAAUACGGUUUCGCUUUAUGAGGAUCAUUGCUGCAGCAGGGAUGAGAUUCCUACAACGACGACUCAGAUAUUGACUGGACAUAAAAAUGAAGUUUGGUUUGUUCAAUUUUCUAAUAAUGGGGAGUACCUAGCCUCUUCAUCCAAUGAUUGCACAGCCAUCAUAUGGAAGGUGCUGGAGGAUGGAAAAUUGACAUUGAAACAUACACUUUGUGGUCACCAACAGGCUGUAUCUUUUUUAGCAUGGAGUCCUGAUGACACCAAGUUGCUUACAUGUGGUAACACGGAAGUUUUAAAGCUGUGGGAUGUUGAAACAGGUACAUGCAAGCAAACAUUCGGGAAUCAAGGCUUUGUUGUCAGCUGUUGUGCCUGGUUUCCCAACUCAAAACAGUUUGCGUGUGGCAGUUCUGACCCCGAGAAGGGUGUCUGCAUGUGGGAUUGUGAAGGAAAUGUGAUCAAAUCAUGGAGAGGAAUGAGGAUGCCCAAAGUCGUAGAUCUUGCUGUUACUCCAGAUGGCGAGUAUCUUAUCAGCAUAUUCGUGGACAAAGAAAUUCGAAUUCUGCAUAUGGCAACCAAUACUGAGCAAGUUAUUUCAGAGGAGCACCCAAUCACAUCCCUUUCAGUUUCAGGAGAUAGUAAGUUGUUCAUUGUCAAUCUAAACAGCCAAGAGAUUCAUAUGUGGGAUGUGGCCGGGAAAUGGGAAAAGCCCCUGAGGUUUAUGGGCCACAAGCAACACAAAUAUGUGAUAAGGUCAUGCUUUGGUGGAUUGAAUAACACAUUUAUCGCCAGUGGUAGUGAGAAUUCAGAGGUAUACAUUUGGAACUGCCGGAACUCGAGGCCUAUAGAGGUUCUAUCUGGGCACUCCACGACUGUUAACUGUGUGAGCUGGAACCCCAAAAUGCCACAAAUGUUGGCAUCUGCAAGUGAUGAUCAUACAAUUCGUAUAUGGGGACCCAGCUUAAAAAAAAAGAAGGCAACAUGAGUAGAUUAGAUGAGCACGUUGCAUAUCUAAAUUUGAAGCCUAGUGUAGUGUGGUAGCAUAUACGAGUUUAUUCUUUUUCCCCUUCCCAAUGCCUGUUCAGGUCACAGCAUGAGUUUGUAAAGUCGUAGUUUACCCAUGCAAGAAUUUUGGAAUUUUGGGCGUACAUUUCCCAUCUGUAUAUCUCCUUUCCUUCAUUUGUUAGUAUACUCUUUAUUUUGUCC